UGCCACAACCCUUGACCCAUGAUAAAUUACCUGACCUGCCACGGGGCGGAUAUGAUUAGCAUGAUAUAAGCCCCAGACCUGCCCAUUGCCAUUCCUACUCACCCCAUCUAGUCUCCAUAUAGUUUUGCCUGCCUGGCCUAGAGCCGACUCAAGAUAGGGUGCAUAACCCAUGGUUAUGCACCCAUCAAUAAUCAAAUAUGGACCCUUCAUUUAGAAAAUCCAGAUCUAAGGAUGGAGAAUUAAAAACCAUUUUUAUUUUUCCUAUCUUUCUUAAUCGAUUCAUAUCUUUUUCGUUUUAACUCGAAUUUUUUUUUGCACAGAUGAAACGAGUUCAUCGUGCUCUACAAAAUGAGAUCAAUUUUCAAUAUUUUUUUAGAAAAAAAAUUAUGGCCUCUAGGCACCAACUGCAUACCAUAUGGUAUUUUCUUCGUUUUUAAUUCGUUUUUGAAAACGUUUGCACAGGAGGGACGAGUUCAUCAUGAUCUAUUAGAUCUACAAAUUUCUGGGUGAACAAAUUACAUGACCAAAAAAUAACACACAAUACCAUACAAUACCACCCUAGUACGGUGGUGGUAUCUUGUUGUACACAAUGUUAAAAGUCGUAAAUGAUAGUUGAUAUACUAUCAUGUAUUCAACCAUCCUACAGUCUUGGUUUGUUCAUACCACCAUGGUACGCUUUUCAAACCAUAGGUAUGCUAUUAUUUCAAUACCAGUCAAUACCAUAUGAUAUAGAUUGGUAAAAAACGUCUCAAAUUUUUUUGUUCGAAAAAUAUAUCAAAGUGAAUAUCAUUUUGAAGAGCACAAUUAAUCUGAUCUAACUGUGCAAAAAAAAAUUCAACUUAAAACGAGUGAGAAAUCGUCCGUCAAAUAUUAAGGAGAGGAAAAUUAAAGAUUUUCCAAAAGAGAGAGGGAUGUUGAUGUCAUGCUGAUGUGGACGAGUUACUCAUGGUUAUUCUUGACCUGAUCCAUUCCCCCAACCAAGCCUUUCCCGCAACGCAACGCAACCCAACCAUAAUCUUUAAUCAACCGGUUCCGUUGCUGCCCUGUCAAACUCCGUUUCUGUGUUAAUUUUGGUUAUCCUUCAAUUACUCUGCAUAUAUAAGGAGCGCAAUACGUUAAUCAAGUCAUGAAUCAUCAUAACAAACGAGAGGAGAGAUAUCUAGAAUUUUCUCUUGUUGCGAGACAGACAGCUCAGAGAGGAAGAAUUAGGUCUUGUUCGUAUUUCCUAAUUUGCGAUUAUUUCGACACCGCCGCUCGCCCUCCCUCCUUCUUUCCUUUUUCCCCUGGCGUCCCCCGUCGUCGUUGUUUGCUGCGUAAUCUCUCUCUCUCUCUCUGUAUCCUGUUCAUAAGGAAUUGGAAUCUGCGUGGUGGCGGGGGGAUUAAACAGAAGAAUCUAGCUAGGUUGAGGUUCUAGAUCUAAUCGGAAAAAUCAACCUGACUGGAAAUAAAACUUUACGCCAACUCUUUGAUUGAUCAUACUCGAUUGGAAUUGAGGAGAGAGAGAAGAGAGGGGAAGGAGGGAAUCUGCCGAUAAAGAAUAUGAAGCGAUGGAGGAAAUCGAACCGCGUAACUUGGGCUCCUGACGUUAGACUGUCUCAGGUGAAGCUCUUCUCAAGAGAUGAUUGUCCUUCAAAAGUAGGAAACCAAGCUCAAUGCCAUCUUAAACACAGGGACAGGAUACCCCGUGGCAUACUGCAGAAUCCAAACAGCCGAGAAUACAGUGAUCUCCCUCCUGGGUUUGAGGACAGUCACUCGCAAUUUGCUACAGUGCUACAGUGGAAGUGCCCUCCCAAGUUUGGAUUGAGAGCUCAGUGGUGCGUCGCUGCUGGUGAAGAAAGCCAGGAGAUGAGAGCUCAGAAACAGAGGGAAAUGAGUUUGUUCGAAGCUGUUUAUCCACGUCUCUCUGUCGUCCCGCCCAAUCCAUUGAAUGCAGAAUGUGAAAAGGGUGAUGAUAGUCGCCGCGUCCCUAUCAUCCCUCUCACUCCUGUUGAAGAAGACGCUGAAGCUUUAGUUCCGCCCUCUCCUGUGAAAUGCCAACCACCACCAUCUGCCCAUGAAUCUGCUAACCAGAUUCCUUCAGCUAGCAAGUUUUCACCUCCAUCCGACUUGGCUGAAAAGAAACAAGGACCUGCUGGAGUAGCAACAAUACGACAUCAAAAUCCGGCCGCCGUGAGUAUCGCUGCUUCAACUUUAGCUGCUGCAAAUGCAGCUUCUAUUGACACCGAUCUGCUAGUUAGAAUCUUAAAUGACCCCGACAUGAUCCAAAAACUAGUUGGAGAUGGCACCAUCACUGCCAGGGCAGCUGAUGAAAUCGCCAACCCACCUAACCAGCCAAUGCUUUCUGCUCCUAUAACACCUCCCGACUCCAAUGCUGGUCUGAUUUUCCGCCCAAACCAGGCGUCUAUUGCUGCACCCACUUACAUUCCCAGGUCGGACCCGAUCUAUCCCGGCCUGAAUCGGGUUCAACCUGUGCCUCCUAAUGUCACCAACCCGAACAUUAUGCGGGUCGAACCGGCCGCUGGACAACCUGUGAUGGCGCCGCCGAUUGGAACGAACCAUGUGAAGGACUUCGACUACUUUAAGAAUCUAAUAAGGGAACACGGAGCAGACAUGUCGAAAAUGCAUUUUGGGGAGGUCCCAAAACAAUCUUCUGAUGCUGCUGCCAUAGAUUAUUAUGGUGAAAACAGAAAAAUGAGGGAGGUAAAUGCGAAAUUCCAAAAGGCGUGCAUGUACUUCAAAAGUUCAAGGGGUUGCCGCAGUGGCGGAAACUGCCUUUACCGGCAUGACUUGUCGUUUCAGAUGCACACAUGGUCUGGAUUGGAUGAAGCUCCGUGUGCCAAGAGAAUGAGAUUUUUUAAUGGACAAGUUAGUGGAAGAACGUGAUAAAAACGAUUUCUCGUUCUUUAAGUCGUUCUAAUCUCUAGGGUCUUAUUUGAACAAAUAAUCGAAUUAUUAUAUUCAUUUAACAAACAAAUCUUGCAUCAUUUCGGGAAGGACACUCGUCGUAAUUUUGCAUAUCUUUAUUGAACUAGCUUAUAACCCGGCCCUUUGGCCGGAAUGCUCAUAUUUGAUUAUUUGCAUUUUUAUGUUACUUUUAAAUCUAUUAACCCGUUUAAUCUUAUUGAUGAUAAUUCGAUCGAAAUGAUACAUAAAGAAAUAAUAUAUAGGUCGAACAUUCGGAGAAAUAUCAUAAUCAUUUAAGAAUAUAAAAUAUAAAAAUGUAUCAUUGACCCCAUUUUCAUAAUGUUAAUUAAGUUUCUGUUAAAAUGCUAUUAGUUAGUUUUUUUUUUUACAGUCAAGAAAUAUAGAGUAUAAAAACUCACUGAAAUUCUCACACAACCCAUAGAUAGUUUGAAACUAAAUCUUAAACUUCACAAUCUAUAUAAAGGGUUCAAUGCUCUCCUUUUAGAAACAAUAUGUCACUAAUCAAAAAGAAAUGGAGAGUUGUUCAUUCAAGUCAUCUAUAUACUAAAAACUCAGUUAAGAGGGGACCAUCACAACUUGAGAGCAAACGAAAAAAUCAGGGUCACUCCAAUAUACGAAUAGACUCGAUCAAAGUAAUAAGGCGCAAAAUUAGACACUCGUUAUCUAUUAGUUCCAGUAGGUUGAAUAAAAAAGCGACCUAUUUCAAACAAUCAAUCAAUGAUUCCUCGUUUUAAGAUAGAAAUAGGUUGUGACAGUUGCAAAAACCAUAAACCUAAAGAUCCAAUAGCCACCACUCUCCGUUGUACAACCAAAUUUUCUAUCUCAAGAGGCAUAUAUUCAACCAAAAAUUCAAUUUCUAAUCCUCCUUCUACAACUUCAGUUAUUGAUGAACUCCAUUCUAUUCGCCAUGAAUUGAUAUCGGAGUUGAAAUCUUCUACUCGCCCAGCUUAAAAUCCCCAACAAUAAAACCGUAGUGCCAAGAGAUACCUGAAGAUUGAUUUUCAAUGACAGUCUUGUACUGGGAAGUGAAAGGCGCAAACUAUUGCACGAUGGAUGAAUUUCGGAGGAAGUUAGAAAGAAAAGAACAAAGAUAAAAAAAAAUACUAAAUUUAAAUUUAGAUUGAAAAAUGCAAGGAUACAACACGUAGUUACAUAAUUAGUUUCUUCCAUGUUAGCCAAUUACCCAUUUACCUUUAGCAAAAGUUAAGGAGAGAGCAGGAAUUUAAAAUUGAGAAAAUUACAUGAAACUCUACUAUGAAAAUAGAAGUAUCAAGCUUGAUAAAAAUACAUACGGUAGACUUAGUGAGCUUGCUAAUUAUGAUGAAAAAGUAAUAUGAUUUUCAGAGAUUAACUUUGUCUAUUUUUUUGUAUAAAAAAGGAUGCAAUAAAUUUGUUUAGUGUAACUGGUUGUGAUUGUUAUAUUUGUUUGAAGAGACCCGGGUUCAAAUCUUGAUAUUGCUAUUUUUAUAUGAAAUAAAUAAUAAAUUUGUAAAGAAAAAAAUGACCUACCUACUUUCACUCUCGUUGCAGGGAUUAGUUAUAGCAUUAUUAUUAUUGUUAUUAUUUGACGAGUAACAGUAAAACAGUUCUUCGAUUUACACCUAUUGUUCUUCGAAACCAUCCUAGACAAAUGAUACUGGAAAAUUAGUAGUAUAUUAUUUUAAUGGUGCAAUCAUAAUUCAAUUGAUAGCAUAUAAAUGAAGAUAUCAUUUUUAAUUAAAGUUCCAUCCUCGACGUCUUUUGCCUCGCCUUCCCAGAGAAGAGCGAGCAGAGGUUUCAUUCACCGGAGAGGAGGGUGUGAUUUGAGAGGAACUUGGAGAGAGGUUGCGAUCUUCAACAAUCCAGCGUUCCUCGCCUUCUUUGAACUUCGCCAUUGGUUGGAGCUCGUCGGAAGUUGUUAAUGGAUUGGUUAGCUCAGAAUUGCAGGGAUUAGGCGACAAUGGAGGCGAAGAUGGUUCAAAUUAGAAGACAAAGAGAGGGCUAGAGAGAUAGAUUGGGUGACCAAAAAUCACGAAGCAUGCCCAAUCGUCCGUCGCCGCCUCCAGCAGAUAGAUUUUCGAUUUCUGGGGUUUUUGAACGAUGUGUUCCAGAUAUGCUUUGAUCCGACGAGUGUUGCAUGGAUCUGUUUCCAGUUCCCCCAAUUGAGAAGAAGAUGAAGUCGAUCGCCGUCGAUGUCUUUCAUCUGUGGCCUCUUACACUCAUCUAUUUCCUAUCCCACCAACAAAGAAGAUGAAGUCGUCAUUGUUUCCGAUCCCACCAACGAAGAAGAUGAAGGAUUGUCUUUUUUUUGUACCAUUAUUAUUUUAAUUUAUUCAUUUUUCAUUAAAUAAAAAUUGUUGAGUAAAAUAUGUGGCAUAGUCAAACCUUUGAUUUUUUGCCACAUCAUCAAACCAAUCCAUCUCAUUUAAUAUUUUGCCACAUCAGAGUCAACUAACAGUUGACCAGAUGGAAAGUUAACGGUUUGACUAAUAAAUUGAUGUCGAAAAA